CCGCGUGACCGGCUCUGUUCUGUGCGUGUUGCCGCCAUAUACCCAAAGCUUAACUCUCUUUGCAUUGCUUCUUCAUUUGAUCAAUCAGGAAUUUUAACAAACAGAAGAAGAUCUCAAACCAUUGAAUUUCAGUUAUCACUCUGUUCUGCAACUUCGGUUUCGUACAGAAAACGCUGCACCAGCUUCAGGCGGUCUUCAUACAUGUUCAGUCGGACUUCACGGAGAAGAUACUUGAUUUGGCUAAUUUUUCUUGUAGGUCGUCUGAGUCUUCUGGGAGAGAAUGGCCACCCUUCAAGAUAUUGUUUACUCAGCUGUUACUUAUCUUCUAAGUGCAACUGCAUUCCUCCUUGCAUUUGCCAUAUUACGGCUUCAACCCAUUAAUGAUAGGGUUUACUUCCCAAAAUGGUACCUUAAAGGGAUAAGAGCUAGCCCUACUCAUUCUAGGGCAACUAUAUCUAAAUUUAUAAACAUGGACUUCAAAACAUACAUCCGGUUUCUGAAUUGGAUGCCUGCAGCAUUGAGAAUGCCAGAACCUGAGCUUAUUGAUCACGCAGGGCUUGAUUCUGUAGUCUAUAUUCGGAUUUACCUAAUGGGAUUGAAAGUAUUUGUCCCUAUAACUCUACUUGCUUUUGCGGUUUUGGUGCCUGUCAAUUGGACUGGGGGGGCAUUGGAGCAAAUUAAAGAUCUUACAUUCAGUGAUAUUGACAAGAUGUCAAUAUCAAAUAUUCCACCUGGAUCCAAAAGGUUUUGGGCACAUGUUGCAAUGUCAUAUGUCUUCACCUUUUGGACAUUCUAUAUUAUGUAUAAAGAGUACAAGACAGCAGCUAGUAUGCGCUUGCAAUUUUUAGCAUCUGAAAGCCGUAGUCCUGACCAAUUCACAGUUCUUGUGAGGAAUGUUCCUCCGGAUCCUGAUGAAUCGGUCACUGAGCAUGUUGAGCAUUUCUUUUGUGUAAAUCAUCCUGAUCAUUAUCUUAAUCAUCAGGUGGUAUACAAUGCAAAUAAGCUUGCAAAAUUGGUUGCAAAGAAGAAGAGUUUGGAGAAUUGGUUGACUUACCAUACGAAUAAAUAUGAGAGAAAUCCUUCGAGUAGACCUACUACAAAGACAGGCUUCUGGGGUCUGUGGGGAACUAGAGUGGAUGCAAUUGACUAUUAUACUGCUGAGAUUGGCAGGCUUAGUGAAGAAGAAGAUAAAGAAAGAGAAAGGGUUAUAAGUGAUCCUAAUGCUAUAGUUCCAGCAGCAUUUGUUUCAUUCAAAUCUCGAUGGGGAGCAGCUGUAUGUGCUCAAACUCAGCAAACAAGUAACCCAACAAUUUGGUUGACUGAAAGAGCUCCUGAGCCCCGUGAUGUAUAUUGGGAUAAUCUCGCAAUACCAUAUGUUGAACUCACCAUUCGAAGACUGAUUAUGGCUGUUGUUCUUUUUUUCCUAAUUUUCUUUUUCAUGAUACCUAUAACAAUUGUUCAGUCUUUUGCCAGCAUUGAGGGGAUAGAGAAAGUUCUUCCAUUCUUGAAACCUCUAAUAGAAACUGGAUCUGUUAAGUCUUUAAUCCAAGGGAUUCUUCCAGGCAUUGCUUUGAAGAUAUUUCUUAUUGUACUUCCAACAAUUCUCAUGAUUAUGUCCAAAAUAGAAGGAUUCACAUCGCUCUCAUCUUUGGAUAGGCGAUCAGCUUCAAAAUACCAUUUGUUUCUACUUGUUAGUGUGUUUAUUGGCAGCAUUGCAACAGGAGUCGCGUUGGGUCAGCUUAAAACUCUUCUUAAUCAAUCUCCAACAGAGAUUCUAAAAACCUUUGGAGUGUCAAUCCCACUAAAAGCCACCUUCUUCAUUACUUAUAUAAUGGUUGAUGGCUGGGCGGCAAUUGCUGCAGAGAUCCUCAGAUUGGUACCGUUAAUCGUGUUCCAUUUGAAGAACAUAUUUCUGGUUAAGACGGAGCAAGAUAGGGAUCAAGCAAUGGAUCCUGGUUGUGUGGACUUUGCAACUUCUGAACCUCGAAUACAGUUUUAUUUCUUGCUGGGGCUUGUUUAUGCUGCUGAGGCACCCUUACUUCUUCCUUUCAUCAUCGUCUUCUUUGCCUUUUCCUAUGUGGUAUUUCGUCAUCAGAUUAUUAAUGUAUAUAACCAAAAAUAUGAGAGCGGAGCUGCAUUCUGGCCAGAUGUGCAUCGACGUUUGAUAAUUGGAUUGUUAAUAUCUCAACUUUUUUUGUUGGGAUUGAUAAGCACAAAGGAUGCUGAGGAAUUAACUCCGCUGCUUAUCGCACUUCCUGUUCUGACAAUUUGGUUCCACAAAUUCUGCAAUGGGCGUUUUGAAUCUGCAUUUGUAAAAUUUCCACUACAGGACGCAAUGGUGAGGGAUACACUUGAACGAGUUACAGACCCAAAACUAAACUUGAAACUAUAUCUUCAGGAUGCAUACCUUCACCCAGUUUUCAGGGGUGGUGAAUUGGAGAGACCACAGAUCAUCAAUGAAGAAGAAGGGAAUCCACUCGUUGCAACAAGAAGGAAUCCUGAAAAGAGUAGUAAACAUAGUUAUGAUGUCGCUGGUUCAUAGGACUCCAUUAUAUUCAUGUACUAGUCAUUUGCCUUGUGCAGGUUUUCAAAUGUUUAAAAUUAUUAUUGCAUAGAAUCAUAAAGUAUUUCAUUACUUUUUAUGUGAA